GGAGUGCCAGCAGCCUUCAGGCUUGUGGGUGCAGCUGGUCUUUGGACUGAUCCGAAGGGUCCUCUUUGCCCAGAUGAAGGGAUGAAGUAGGGCUAGGAGAGAAGCAGGUGCUUUUCCAGUGCACCUCCAGUUUGGAGCGGGCAGCACUGCCUUACCGGAACGAGGAUGCUAUUUUUAAGAGGGCGGAGAGAGAGUUGUGUUUCAUCAUGGAAAAUUUGAGUGUCUCAGUGGGCAGCUUGCUGGCUGGCUCAUCUUAGGAGUUCUGAAGCCCAAGGACUGAGCUGGCUGGGCAUUGUCGCCUUUACCCCAGCAGAAGAGGGGAGGAGGCGGGCCCUCGCCCACCAGCAAUUAUGUGUUGUGAAUGGCUGAGAUGCUGUGGUGGAGGGGAGCCCAGGCCCCGCACUGUCUGGUUGGGGCAUCCGGAGAAGAGGGAUCAAAGGUACCCUCGAAAUGUCAUCAACAAUCAGAAGUACAACUUCUUCACCUUUCUCCCUGGGGUGCUAUUUAACCAGUUUAAAUACUUCUUCAACCUCUACUUCUUACUGCUUGCCUGCUCCCAGUUUGUUCCUGAAAUGAGACUUGGAGCCCUCUAUACCUACUGGGUCCCCCUGGGCUUUGUGCUGACCGUCACCAUUAUCCGUGAGGCUGUGGAGGAGAUACGCUGCUACAUGCGUGACAAGGAGGUCAACUCACAUGUCUACAGCCGGCUAACAGCACGAGGGACAGUAAAGGUGAAGAGCUCCAGCAUCCAGGUGGGAGAUCUCAUCAUUGUUGAGAAGAACCAGCGUGUCCCUGCUGACAUGAUCUUCCUGAGGACGUCGGAAAAAAAUGGCUCUUGUUUCCUGCGGACAGACCAGCUGGAUGGGGAGACAGACUGGAAGCUGAGACUCCCCGUGGCCUGCACACAGAGGCUCCCCACUGCCGCUGACCUUCUUCAGAUCCGCUCAUAUAUCUAUGCUGAAGAGCCAAAUAUUGACAUCCACAACUUUGUGGGGACUUUCACCCGAGAGGACAGUGACCCUCCAAUCAGUGAGAGCCUGAGCAUCGAGAACGCUCUCUGGGCGGGCACUGUCAUUGCAUCCGGGACAGUGGUGGGAGUCGUGCUUUACACUGGCAGAGAGCUCAGGAGUGUUAUGAACACUUCCAACCCGCGGAGCAAGAUCGGCCUCUUUGACCUGGAAGUGAACUGCCUCACAAAGAUCCUCUUUGGUGCACUGGUGGUGGUGUCGCUGGUCAUGGUGGCCCUCCAGCAUUUCGCUGGCCGCUGGUACCUGCAGAUCAUCCGCUUCCUCCUCUUAUUCUCCAACAUCAUUCCCAUCAGCCUGCGCGUAAACCUGGACAUGGGCAAGAUUGUGUACAGCUGGAUGAUUCGCCGGGAUUCCAAAAUCCCCGCCACUGUCGUGCGCUCCAGCACCAUUCCCGAGCAGCUGGGCAGGAUCUCCUACCUGCUCACAGACAAGACAGGAACCCUCACCCAGAAUGAGAUGGUUUUCAAACGGCUCCACCUGGGCACUGUAGCCUACGGCCUGGACUCCAUGGAUGAAGUUCAAAGCCACAUAUUCAGCAUUUACACACAGCAGUCCCAGGACCCUCCUGCUCAGAAGGGCCCCACCAUCACCACCAAGGUCCGGCGCACUAUGAGCAGCCGUGUGCAUGAGGCUGUGAAGGCCAUCGCGCUCUGCCACAACGUCACCCCUGUUUAUGAGUCUAAUGGCGUCACCGACCAGGCCGAGGCUGAAAAGCAGUAUGAAGACUCGUGCCGCGUGUACCAGGCAUCCAGCCCCGAUGAGGUGGCCCUGGUGCAGUGGACUGAGAGCGUGGGCCUGACCCUGGUGGGCAGGGACCAGUCAUCUGUGCAGCUGAGGACCCCUGGCGACCAGAUCUUGAACUUCACCAUCCUGCAGAUCUUCCCAUUCACCUAUGAGAGCAAACGGAUGGGCAUUAUUGUGCGGGACGAAAGCACGGGUGAGAUCACCUUCUACAUGAAGGGUGCAGACGUGGUCAUGGCUGGCAUCGUACAGUACAAUGACUGGCUGGAGGAGGAGUGUGGGAACAUGGCCCGAGAGGGACUGAGGGUGCUUGUGGUGGCCAAGAAGUCACUGGCUGAGGAGCAGUAUCAGGACUUUGAAGCUCGCUAUGUCCAGGCCAAGCUGAGCGUGCAUGACCGCUCCCUCAAAGUGGCCACGGUCAUUGAGAGUCUAGAGAUGGAGAUGGAGCUGCUGUGCCUGACCGGGGUGGAGGAUCAGCUACAGGCAGACGUGCGGCCUACGCUGGAGACCCUGAGGAAUGCCGGCAUCAAGGUUUGGAUGCUAACAGGAGACAAGCUGGAGACAGCGACCUGCACAGCCAAGAACGCACACCUGGUGACCAGGAGCCAGGACAUCCACAUCUUCCGGCUGGUGACUAACCGUGGAGAAGCACACCUGGAGCUGAAUGCUUUCCGGCGGAAACAUGACUGUGCCCUGGUCAUCUCGGGGGACUCCCUAGAGGUCUGCCUCAAGUACUAUGAGUAUGAGUUCAUGGAGCUGGCAUGCCAGUGUCCAGCCGUGGUCUGCUGCCGCUGUGCACCCACCCAGAAGGCCCAGAUUGUGCGCCUGUUGCAGGAGCGCACUGGCAAGCUCACCUGUGCUGUGGGUGAUGGAGGCAAUGAUGUCAGCAUGAUCCAGGAGGCAGAUUGUGGCGUAGGUGUGGAGGGGAAGGAGGGAAAACAGGCCUCCCUGGCCGCAGACUUCUCCAUCACACAGUUCAAGCAUCUCGGUCGCUUGCUUAUGGUCCAUGGGCGGAACAGCUACAAGCGCUCGGCUGCCCUCAGCCAGUUCGUCAUUCACCGGAGCCUCUGUAUCAGCACCAUGCAGGCCGUCUUCUCCUCCGUGUUCUACUUUGCCUCAGUCCCCCUCUAUCAAGGCUUCCUCAUCAUUGGGUACUCCACCGUCUACACCAUGUUCCCCGUCUUCUCCCUGGUGCUGGACAAGGAUGUGAAGUCAGAGGUGGCUAUGCUGUAUCCUGAGCUCUACAAGGAUCUCCUUAAGGGGCGCCCACUGUCCUAUAAGACCUUCUUAAUCUGGGUAUUGAUCAGCAUCUACCAAGGGAGCACCAUCAUGUACGGGGCGCUGCUGCUGUUCGAGUCGGAGUUCGUGCACAUAGUAGCCAUCUCCUUCACGGCACUCAUCCUCACAGAGCUGCUCAUGGUGGCUCUCACCAUCCAGACGUGGCACUGGCUCAUGACGGUGGCAGAGCUGCUCAGCCUGGCCUGCUACAUCGCCUCACUGGUGUUUCUGCACGAGUUCAUUGACAUGUACUUCAUCGUCACCCUGUCCUUCCUAUGGAAAGUGUCCGUGAUCACGCUGGUCAGCUGUCUCCCCCUCUACGCCCUCAAGUACCUGCGCAGACGGUUCUCUCCCCCCAGCUACUCCAAGCUCACGUCCUAGGUGCAGGGGUGCACGGCCCGGGGACCUCGUCUCUGUGCUUUUCUGAUGGACAAUUUCGAGUUCUGUUUCUCACUGAUUGCACCCAGGGGUCCCAGUCUACACGCCACACCCAGCUGGGACCCAGGAUGGCCACACCACAAGGACAUCUGCCCGGGGGUCUGUGGCCUGUGUACACCUCUCAGAGGCUCUGGUUUGAGCCAGUGUGACUGUCUCCCCAGGAUGGGGCUCACAGUGAGAUUGUCCUGGCCAGCCUGAUGGUGUCAUCAGUGAUACGUGUCUGUGGCACUAAGGGCCAUGGCAGCCUGUGGUGACUCGUCUUUCUUUCUGUAACAGUCCUGAUAUGUGUGCUCUCGUCCUUCUCACUUUCCACAGCUGGCUCCAGGAAGCAGACACUGGGGUAGGCUCUGGAGAUGGGUAUCCCUGUUUGGAAGUGCUCAGUGUCCUCUCUGAGCAGGACAGUCACUGUUGUACUGGGGCCAUGGCCCAGGUCCGCUGCCUGGGCUGCCACCAGCUCAGCACCAAUGCGGAGGUGGAGCCCACAGAACUCAAACCUCAUAAGGUGACAAGGCAGUGUCUGCACAGGAAACAGGUGCCAGAGAGCCCCCCCCCCCGCAUGUUAGGGGGCACAGUAAUUGGGGGAUCUAUAGGCAAAUGAAGGAAAGAGGGAAGGAUUUAUGACUGGUACAGAGGUGUAUUUCUUGGUGGGAGGAAUUCAGGACACAAAAGGAGAACA